AUGUAUCAGAGAAAAGUAUCAAGUGCACAUCACGUCAGUCAGUCCAGUUGUGAUUACGCAAUGGCAGAUGACAUUUCCACUGUAAUUCCAAGUAUUAACCACAAUGACGAAAGAAUUAUGACUAGAAUCCGUUCGUGUAAGAAUAAUAAGAAAGUAUCUGCAGAUGAAACCAGUCUUACAGAAAAUGAAAUAGAGGAAUCAGGAGACGAUUCGGAUAAAUCUUACAAAGCUACAGAAUCUGACAAUGAAUCCAUUGAGAAUGAAAGCGAACUAUGCGAAGAUCAGUCUGAGGAUGAAAAUGGAGACAAUGACUUACACAAUAGUAAUUUACCUCCUAGAGUUAGUCAGGGAUCUCAAAAUACUUCAUCGUCACUUAUAAACUCAUUCAACAUGCCCGGAAAUUCUGGAUGGGAUGACAAUGACGUGAUCGCUGAAUUGACAUGUAACAAAGGGAAUUCAAAAAAAGACUUUUGUAUUUUUUGUAAAGAAGAAAUCUUGAAAAUUGCUCGUCAUUUCGAAAUUAAGCAUCGUGAUGAACCCGAAGUUCAAAGUUUUUUAGAUCUGAAAAAAAAAUCAGCUGAACGUAGGCGUGCAAUUGGAAUGUUACGAAAAAAAGGAAAUUUUGAAUUUAAUAAGAAACAAACGUACAAUCAUAAAGAUCAUAAACCUGGUGUGAUUAAAGUUGUAAGAUGUCCCAAUCAAGAAAGCAAACAAUCUGGUGGGAAUUUUGCACCAUGUUCAAAUUGCAAAGGAUGGUAUACAAAAAACAAUCUUCGUCAUCACUACCCUGCUUGUAAGGGUAAUGCUGCCAAUAGUAAAGGUAUUCUUGCUAAAGCACGUAAGCUACAAGGGCAAAUACAUCAACGUGCUUCCAAAGAUAUGCGUUAUAAAAUUCUACCCGCAAUGAAGUUAAAAAAUCACGUUCGUCUCAUCAGAUAUGAUUUAUUGAUUAUUUUAUUUGGUAACGAAGAGUGUAUGAAGUAUAAAAAGCGUAAUCUCGCUCAAAUGAUUCGAGGAAAAUUAAGCUUAAUUGCACGAUUUUUUACGGUAGUGAAACGAAAAGAGCCUACUGUUAGUGACUUUGCUUCUAUAUUUGAUCCGAUAAAAUAUCAUGCAGUUAUUGACGCGAUCAACGAGUUUGCUGGCUUGGAUGAAGAAUCUGGGUAUUAUCAAGUCCCGUCUAGAGCUUCCGAAAUUACUACCAAUAUUAACAAAAUGGGACAGAUAUAUAUUAGUGAAUGUAUUAUUAACAACGAAGAUGAAAAAAAACAAAAGGUUGAAAACUUUUUACUUCUAUGCAAACAAGGAUUUGCCAACAUCAUUAAUAGAACUGUGAUGGAAACCAGAAUAAUGCAACAACGUCAAAAAGUUAUCGAACUACCUCGAACAGACGAUAUACAGCGAUUAUCUGAGUAUUUAGAUAAAAAAAUCAGCAAAAAUCGUAAAAAAUUGAAGACCAACUUUAGUAAACUCGUAUGGCGUGAUCUAGCUGAAGCAUUAUUAGCGCAACUGCAGUUAUUUAAUCGAAAACGUGCGGGGGAGUUAGAAAGAUUUGAAAUUCAGGAUUACGAAAAAAUGACAUUCAUCACAGAAAAAGACGAAGGUUAUGAAUUACUGUCUGAGUCAGAUAAAAAAGCAGCCAAAGAAUAUGGUCGUGCUACAAUAUGUGGUAAACUACAUAAAAAUGUGCCAUUGCUGCUUAAUUCAAAAGUUCGAAAAGGUCUUAUUGAGUUGUUGAAAUUUCGUACUGAGGCAGGAGUCAGUUCUAGAAACCCAUUUGUUUUCGGGAUAGCAGGUUAUUACAAAGAUUCUCAUCUCUGUGCUAGUACUGUUUUAAGAAAAUUUUCGGAAGAAUGUGGAGCUGAAAGACCAGAUUUACUCCGUGGCACUGGACUCCGUAAACAACUUGCUACGAAGUGUACUGAGCUACAGCUAAACCCCGGAGAAGUUUCAAAAGUAGCUGACUAUUUAGGGCAUGAUAUAAAUAUUCAUAAGAAUAUUUAUCAACAACGUGCUAAAUCUGAUAUACUCAAUAUGUCUAAAAUUCUACAUAUAGCCCAAAAACCAGAUCGUUCAGCUGAUGAUUCAACCAUAUCUAUGAAUUCUACACAUAACUUAGAGACUGAAAAUUCAACAAAUGCAAGUUUUCCAGACACAUCGAGUAAUAACCAGUCUCAUGCUGACGAUCAUCAAGAUAAGAGUGAUACUGUUAAUUCAUCAAAGGACUCGAAUUUCAAAAUUACAUCUAAAGCUAAAGUUACUUUUAAAACACAAAAAAAUUCUACGAAUUAUGCAUGUCUUAUUCUUACGUUAGUCAAGCCUUGCCGGAACAUGAAACAUAUAGAUCGUUAG